ACCAUGGCGGGCGCGGAGCCGGCCGCCCGGAACAAGCCGGAUAACACGGCCUUCACCCAGCAGCGCCUCCCGGCCUGGCAGCCGCUGCUGUCGGCGGGCACGGCGCUGCCGCUCUUCUUCUGCGCGGGCCUGGCCUGCCUGGCGCUGGGGCUGGGGCUGCACUUCUCCUCGGCCACCAUCCGCGAGCUGGAGCUCGACUACACCGGGGCGCCGGGCAGCGGCCACAACUGCUCCCGCUGCGCCAACGCCAGCCGGGCCGGGGCCGGGGCCUGCACCUGCUCGCUGCGCUUCGAGCUGCCCGAGCGCUUCCCGGGGCCCGUGUGCCUCUACUACCAGCUCUCCAACUACUACCAGAACCACCGGCGCUACAGCGUCUCCCGCGACGACCUGCAGCUCAGCGGGGACGCCUCGGGGCUGAGCAACCCAGCCACGGAGUGCAGCCCCUUCCGCACGGACCCCCAGGGCAUCCCCAUCGCCCCCUGCGGGGCCAUCGCCAACAGCCUCUUCAAUGACACCUUCGCCCUCUACCACCUGGCCAACGGCACCUUCUACCCCGUGCCCCUGGACAACCGAGGCAUCUCCUGGUGGACCGACUCCAACAUCAAGUUCAGCAACCCCGAACUCAUCAAUGGCAGCCUGGAGGCCGCCUUCAAGGGCACAACCAAGCCUCCCAACUGGCCCCAUGCUGCCUACAUGCUGGACGAGGGCAACCUCAACAAUACCGGCUUCAUCAACGAGGACUUCAUUGUGUGGAUGCGCACCGCUGCUCUGCCUACCUUCCGCAAGCUCUACCGCCGCGUGCGUGAGGGCAACUUCUCCUCUGGCCUGCCCCAAGGCACCUACCGCCUCGACAUCACCUACAACUACCCCGUCCUCUCCUUCCAAGGCAGCAAGAAGGUCAUCUUCAGCACUGUUUCCUGGAUGGGUGGCAAGAACCCCUUCCUGGGCAUUGUCUACCUGAUCUUCGGCUCCGCCUGCAUCCUCACUGGCUUUGUCAUGCUGGCUGUGCAUAUCAAGUUCCAGAAACAAAACCAGAUGGAUGUGGAAUAAACUUUGCUGCUAGCAUCCGGGCCUUAUCCUUCUCUUUCACUGUUAUAAUUCUGAUCUCAAUGGGUUUGCUGUCAACUCUCACAGUGUAAGUGAGAGCAGAAU